AUGGCCGAGAACCAGAGCGCACAGGGGCACAGCCCCGACUACACAACCUGGAGUAACACCAGCCUUAUCGAGCGGAUUAGUGAACUCGAGCGCCAACUUCACUCCCAGACUACACAGUACACAGUUCCGACAGAGACACACCCAGCACCUACUGGGGCCCCGAUCUCCAGCGACGUCUACGAGCCCGCGAUUCCACUACCUGAAGCUGGUAACGAUGAGCAUGCGUCGAAGAAGAAGCGGGUUCAUUCUCCAGAUACCGAUAUUACCCACAAGCCUGGUAUCCACCGUGCUUUGAAGGCGGAGCGGGAAUUCGACGGAUCGAAAUACACUACCAGGUUUAUUGCGCUGAAGUUCGCUUACCUGGGUCAGCGGUAUAAUGGACUUGAGCAUACCAAUGGCAAUUGUACGCCUCUGCCUACGAUUGAGGAGGUUCUGUGGAAGGCUUUGCGGCGGACGAAGUUGAUUCUUCCUCACACUAGCGCUCCUGCGGAUGAGCCUAGUGGUGGUGGGCCAAGAGUGGUGCGGCCUUACUCAAUUUUCUGGGAUGGGUGUGAUUACUCGAAGGCUGGAAGAACGGAUCGUGGUGUGAGUGCGUUUGGACAGGUUAUUGGUAUUCGGGUUCGCAGUUUGCGGCCGAAGCCGAAGCCUACUGCCUCUUCGUCAAACGAAGAGGGUCUUCAAGAGGGCGAUGCGAUGCAGGUUGAGGAAGCAGCCGUGGAUUCGAAUUGGGAUGACAUCGCGGAUGAAAUCAACUAUAUACAAGUUCUGAACAGGGUUCUUCCGGAGGAUAUUCGGGUGCUGGCUUGGUGCCCUAACCCCCCUCCUGGGUUUGAUGCCCGUUUCUCCUGCCGCGAACGCCGCUACCGGUACUUCUUCACCCAGCCUGCGUUCUCACCCACCCCAGGUCCUUUCGGAUUUGAGAAGGUUGUGGAUGAUGGCAAGGGACCUCGUGCUAAGUACCGCGAGGGAUGGUUGGACAUCGAUGCCAUGCGUGAAGCCGCGAAACACUUCGAAGGAACCCAUGACUUCAGGAACUUCUGCAAGCUGGAUACCAGCAAGCAGAUCGAGAACUUUGAACGUAAAAUUUUUUACUCUGAUAUCGAGUUCGUGAACCCAAAGACCAACCCUCUGGGCUAUGUUGGCCGGGCUGGAUUCCAGCAGGAAGAGGGCAUUGUGCCUGACGUGGAAAUGUUGUCCUCAGAAGUGCCCCCUGCGACCUCACCUCAGGUCUACACAUUCACCCUGCAUGGGUCUGCAUUCCUAUGGCACCAAGUCCGGCAUAUGGUGGCAGUCCUCUUCCUAGUUGGCCAAGGACUCGAAUCUCCGUCUAUUGUCCCCAAGCUACUAGAUGUGAAGCAAAACCCACGCAAACCGACAUAUGAGAUGGCUUCUGAUGCACCCCUGGUUCUGUGGGAUACGAUUUUCCCCGACGAGAGCUCUGGAAGUCGCGAGGAUUCUCUGAACUGGGUUUAUGCUGGUGAUGAACGGCUUAAUAAGAGCCGAAGUGCCAAAAGCGACAGCAAGUUUGGCAUGAGGGGCGUGAUUGAUGGACUGUGGUCAGUUUGGAGACAGCGCAAGAUUGAUGAGAUUUUGGCUGGAGCACUGUUGGAUUUGACUGUUAGCCAAGGAGACUUGGGUGUUAUUCACGACAUGGAAGGGAAACAGGGACAAAGCAAGAAAAGCAGCAGAGGCGCGAAAGUCUGGCUUGGGGAUAACAGUGUUCGCGUCGGAGGCAAAUACGUGGCAGUGUUGGACAAGGCAACAACAGAGCCUGUCGAAAUUCAAAAUGCCAAGUGGCUAGCAGCCAAGCAGCGGAAAUUGGCACUCCAGCAAGAUGCUGCAACAAAGGAAGAAGCAUGA